AUGGUUUCCUUCAAGUCUCUUCUCGUUCUCUGCUCCGCAGCGGCUGUAUACGCCAUCCCUUUCGGUAACUCCACCGAGGAGCACCUUGAGCGACGAACAACCGUCACCAGCAGCAGCACCGGAAAUGUCAACGGCUACUACUACUCGCUCUGGGAACAAGUCAACAGCGGUGUCACCAUGAACAUCGGAACUGGCCAAUACAGCCUUUCCUGGUCCUCCUCGUCGCAAGACGUCGUUGCGGGAGUUGGCUGGAACCCAGGCAGUGCCAAGGUCAUCACCUACAGCGGAAGCUUCAACCCCAACGGCAACGCCUACCUCUCCGUCUACGGAUGGACGACCAACCCGCUCGUCGAAUACUACAUCUGCGACUCCUUCGGGUCCUACAACCCCAGCACGGGGCUGACGCACCGGGGCACCGUCUCGUCCGACGGCGCCACGUACGACAUCUACCAGACGACGCGCGUCAACGCGCCGUCGAUCCAGGGCACGGCGACGUUCAACCAGUUCUGGUCCGUGCGCCAGGGCAAGCGCGUCGGCGGCACGAUCACGACGGCGAACCACUUCAACGCGUGGAGGAACCUCGGGAUGAACAUGGGCUCGUUCAACUACCAGAUCCUUGCUACUGAGGGAUACCAGAGCAGUGGUUCAUCCUCGAUCACUGUCUCUGGACAUUAA